AUGAAGUUCACCAUACUAACUGCAUUCCCAGAUUCCUUCACUUCCUAUUUCUCCUCCUCAAUAAUCAAACAAGCCCAAAACAAGAAUCUCGUCAACAUAGAGCUCAUUAACUUUCGACGAGAAAAAGGACACAAAAUAGACGAUUAUGCCUACGGUGGAAAAACUGGAAUGGUUCUAAAAAUAGAACCAAUAGUGGAAUGUCUAAAGACAAAUAACCUACUCAACCAUAGCAUAAUACUUCUUUCUCCUUCUGGAAAACCGCUCACACAGCAAAUGGCAAGAGAUCUUGCCAAACAAGAACAUAUAGUGAUGCUCUGUGGCCACUAUGAAGGAAUAGAUGCUAGGAUACAGAAAUACGUAACACACGAAGUGUCUAUAGGGGACUAUCUGUUAACUUCUGGAGAACUAGCCGCAAUGGUAAUUCUUGACUGCGUAACAAGACUUAUUCCCGGAGUAAUAAAUCAACAGUCUCUUGAAACAGAAUCCUUCGACGAAUAUCUUCUAGACUAUCCCGUAUACACUAGACCCCCGUCCUUUGAAGGGCAAGAUGUUCCAGAAAUCUACCUAAGCGGUAACCACGGUGAAAUAGAAAAAUUCAGAAAGCAAGAGCAGGAAAGAAUCACCAAAGAAAGACGUCCCGAUCUCUGGAAGAAAUACCUAAAAUACAAGGAAACAAACACAAAAACAGAGUAA